GGGCGUUGUUGCCAGAGUAAAGUAUAAACUGGAAAUCAGCAAGGCAAACUCACAAUAGUAAGCAGCCAGCAAAGUAGCACGUAAGUGACAAAAAAGGGAUUAGAACAGAGACAAUACACAAAAACAAUUAAUAAUAAUUAAGGACAAUAAGGAAAGGCAUAGGAAGAGGAACAGCAACUGGAAGAAAUAUAAAGUGCUUAUUGUAAAGAAGCAGAACAGCCUUCAUGAGCCUUCUAUCCCAGUUCUGCCCAUUUGCCUUGGGGUGUAAUGUCUUCACACUGGGCAUCAUCUUCACCCUUCUGCUUCUGCUUCUGCUGUUGGACUUCAUGAAGCGCAGGAAACCCUGCACAGACUUCCCUCCCAGCCCCCCCUCCUGGCCCUUUGUGGGGAACCUGCUGCAGAUGGACUUUUCAAGCCUCAGCUUCAGACAGUUAAGGAAACAAUAUGGAGAUGUAUUCAGCCUGCAGUUGGGUUGGCAAAAUGUGGUGGUGCUGAAUGGGUAUGAGGCGAUUAAGGAAGCUCUGCUCCAGAAGUCUGAGGAUUUUGCUGAUCGGCCCCCAUUUGAACUGUAUGAAGGCAUCGGGUUCACUGGAAAUAACAAAGGGGUAGUGCUGGCAAAUUACAGCCAAUCUUGGAAGGACCUAAGAAGAUUUACUUUGUCUACACUGAGGGAUUUCGGGAUGGGAAAAAAAUCCUUGGAGGAAAAAGUGAGAGAAGAAGCUGGGUACCUGUGUGAUGCCUUCCAGUCUGAACAAGGGCAGUUAUUUGACCCACAUUAUAAACUGAAUACUGCAGUUGCCAACAUAAUGAACUCCAUUGUUUUUGGUGAUCGGUUUGACUACGAUGAUUACAAGUUCCAAAAAUUGUUAAAUCUGAAUCAAGAAAUGUUUGAAGUUGAAUUCGGAACUAUGGCCCAGAUUGCUACCGCAAUUCCCUGGCUAGCAAAACUUCCAGGUCUGGCAAAGAUGAUUUAUCGGCCUCAUGUAGAUGUGCUUGAAUAUCUACAGAAAAUUAUCUCUGAUCAUCAGAAAACAUGGAAUCCUGCAUGCACAAGGGAUCUCAUAGAUGCCUUUACGCUUGAAAUGGAAAAGGUAAAAGGAGACAAAGAGAAUUAUUUUAAUGAGAAGAAUCUGUUGUUUACUGCAUUUGACUUGUUUACAGCUGGAUCAGAAACGUCAAGUACCACCCUGAGAUGGGGGCUGCUGUACAUGUUGCUAUACCCAGAUGUCCAGAGAAAGGUUCAAGAGGAAAUAGACCAAGUAAUUGGAAAAAGCAGGAAGGCUGCAAUGGCAGAUGUUUUGCAAAUGUCGUACACGAAUGCAGUAAUCCAUGAAAUCCAACGCUGCGCAGACCUUGUCCCUCUGUCUGUAACUCAUAUGACAUACAGAGACACGGAAGUCCAAGGCUUUUCCAUACCAAAGGGUGUUGCUGUCUGCCCCAACCUGUCCUCAGUGCUUAAAGAUGAAAAGGUCUGGGAGAAACCAUUCCAGUUCUAUCCAGAGCACUUCCUGGAUGCGGAUGGCAAGUUUGUAAAACAAGAAGCAUUUUUACCAUUUUCUACAGGUCGCCGAGCUUGCCUAGGGGAGAGGUUGGCCAGGAUGGAACUUUUUCUCUUCUUCACGUCUCUCCUGCAGCGCUUCUCGUUUCAGAUCCCUGAUGGUGAGCCUUGCCCACGGGAUGAUCCUAUUGUUUAUAUAGUGCAGAUCCCACACCCUUAUAAACUCUGUGCCAAGAUUAGAUAAAUUUACAUCUGUAAACUCACACUCAUCUAAACGUCAGGCUUUAUUCAGUGAGUUUGUAAUACUGAGCAGUUGUGCCUUAAUGGAUGCUUUUUAGUUCCUCAAAACAACAAUUAAAAAAAAAGAAAACAAUGUCAAAUAAAGCCCUCUAGUGGUUGGACGUAAAAAUCACCACAUCAAAAUAAAGCAACAUUGUAACAUUGAAAUUGUGGCUCUUUAGAGUACCACUUUGAACAUGCAAGUUAUUAAAGUAGGACUUUAGCAUUGCUAACUGAGACAAAAUGGUUUGCGAAUAACUCGCAAAGACGUUACUUCACGGCUGUCUCGCUCCUGGCUGUUGUUUGACAGACUACCUGUUGCAGGCAUUGCCUCAGAAUGACGGGGCUGUUGUGUUGCACCUGUUGUGCUACCAUAUCACUGACCUGGGCAGAUUGUAUUUGUUCUGGAAUCUGUAGAAGAUGUUUGCGAUUUCUAUAAAGUCUGCCCUGUAUGAAUUGCAUUGGCAGACACUUCCGAAGAUUUGAAAGUUUGAAUUCUAUUCUUUGACAAAGGUGGAAGUUCUGUGCAGGGGCGCUGAUGCCAUGAGAUGAGUUGAGACCAGGGUGGCAAAAAGCUGAGUAUCAAAGUGUUCAGUAUCUUCAUUCAUUCCUACAUGCCCCUCAUGAAGCAUUGAUAAAAUCAGUUUGAUCAUUGAGGAGGGGAUGAAAAUACUAAAGCCCCUGAGCAGGACACCAUCAAAUUCAGAGAAUUAUUGAAGAUAUUAUAAAUAUGCAACAAGACACCCUGACCCUGCGUUAUUGUCCACAAUGGCAAGUUUGACUUUUAUCAGUAUUUUAUCUUAUUGUGUAGUCUUGGCUAUUUGAGACCACAGAACAUGACUCAAGGUGGCCAUACUUGGGAAGAUUCACUCAUUUGGUGAGGUUGCCAAGCGAGCAGGUCUUCUCCCGAUAUGCCCACUUAAAGGUGGGUGAUAUCUGGCUAAUUCGAUUGCGUGGCCCUAGAGCACAGAAGCCUUCAGAUCAGGGUCCUAAUCAAUGAGCCGGUGCUGUCCACGAUCCAACGGAAAAAUCAAACCUGCCCAAUUUUAGGCCAAAUACUGGAUGGGUAGGUCUGUUGGGUGUGGCCAUACACAGGCAGAUAAGCUCCCAAAUCAGUUUAAAGGACCUGAAUCAGCAGAUGAAAUCUGCUUGUGUAUGGCCACCUUAACUCUGGAAGUGGUCUUAACUAAAUACACAUGUGCAGAAAUGUAAUCAGUGAAUGUAUUUUCUGAAGUGAUUUUAGUCAAAUAAACAUGUAAAGUGUG